UUCACCGGGUUCCCACUUGGAUAAGUGUCUGUUCAUCUCAGUCCCUGAGGGUUCAGAAAGCAUGACGAGCUGAGGAAAUGCUUUCCUUCUCCCUCACCUUUUGUUAGCAGUACGUUAAUACCUGUCUUCCACUGAGCGCCACACAAGCCACUUCUUGUUGGGAACACACACCACCUUGUGCCUGUUCACCUGGAAGAGAACAGCUGCCUUGGCAGCCGAUGCCCGCGGGGGUCUCUGAGGACUGGGCUGGCCUUCUGCUCCUGUCUCAUUGAAGGCGGGGCGGAGAGGCUCUGGUUUCCUUUCUCAGUUCCCCUUCCUUCCGCCUGAGCACUAGCUGGCCCUCUCUAUCCUUCCCUCUUUUUUCAGAUAUGUUUUCCAGAGUGAUGGCAGUUUCUCGCCUGGCAUCGCAUAGGAUCGAUUAAUGGCUGCUACCCAAAGUUCAGCUUGGUAAAACCAGGCUGGUUAAUGAAUAGACAGACAGCCUCCUCCCUCGUGGGUGUUAUAAACCAGGGGAAGAGGCUCACGUUUCCUUCAGUUGCCAAUCCACAGACUUCAAAAGUCUGGCAGCAGAAUGGGUGUGGGGUGCUGGUCUGUCUGGGUUUUCCUAGCAGCACCCUUCCUCCACAGAACACCCCCCAAAAAUCUAAGAGUCAGUCCUGGGGGUAAUUGGCAUGUAGGAUGUUCUGAUGGCUUCCGUUGUUGGCGGCUGGUCUUUUGCUAGUUAUAAUAAUCCCGUUUGCCUUGGUAAAUCAAUUUUGUAAUAUUUCCUUCAUCGUUAAGCCAUUUACCCAGGCCUCUCAGAGUUCAUUCGUUGGUGUGUGUUUUCCGUGUAAGCAAUUGUUAAAGGACUGAGUCACCCAUGCGGUAGCCUCUGGUUGGAUGUGGGCUGUUAUUCAGUGACUAAUUUCCAAGGGGAGGAGAAAUUGGCUUAUCAUAGGGAGGACGACUUUUUAUCCAUGCCCGUGGCAGCUUCGCUCAGAGGACUGAGCAGGACGAAAUGGUCUUUGCUGUGAACACUCGACCUGGGGAACAUCUCAGGAUCUGUGUCCUCUGUGACCUCUUCUCUGAAGAGAAAGCUGUCUGAAAUAUCCAAGUGGAACUGUGGAUUUAUUUAGAUGAAGCCAGCAAACAAAGGAAUCGCGUAAUCGGGAGCUGAGCCAAUGUGCUUUCUCACGGCGUUAGUUGUACAGGUGAUCUCCUUAAGGAAAAAUGCAGAGAGAAAUUGUUUAUGCAAGAGGAGAUGGCCCCGGUGCCUCUCGACCUGGAUCUACAGCGCAUCCACCCCACGCCAUUCCAAAUUCUCCACCAUCCACUCCCGUGCCCCAUUCCAUGCCUCCCUCCCCAUCCAGAAUUCCUUAUGUGGGCACCCGCCCAAUGGUCGUCCCUGGCAAUGCCACCAUCCCCAGGGACAGACUCUCCAGCCUGCCAGUCUCCAGAUCCAUCUCACCCAGCCCAAGCGCCAUUUUGGAAAGAAGAGAUGUAAAGCCAGAUGAAGACAUGAGCGGCAAGAACAUUGCGAUGUACCGAAAUGAGGGCUUCUAUGCCGAUCCUUACCUGUAUCACGAGGGACGGACGAGCAUAGCGUCUUCCCAUGGUGGGCACCCCCUGGAUGUCCCUGAUCACAUCAUCGCAUACCACCGCACCGCGAUUCGGUCCGCGAGCGCUUACUGCAACCCUGCUUUGCAAGCGGAAAUGCAUAUGGAGCAGUCACUGUACAGGCAGAAAUCAAGGAAGUACCCCGAUAGCCACUUGCCCACUCUGGGCGCCAAAACGCCGCCCGCCUCCCCGCACCGGAUCAGUGACAUGAGAAUGUUGGACACGCACGCUCUCCACAACGCGCACGGGCCCCCGCACGCCGUGCCGCCAGACCGGGUGUCGCCCAGCCGCCAGGCCUUCAAAAAGGAGCCGGGCACCUUGGUGUAUAUCGAAAAGCCACGGACCACUCCAGGAUUAUCCGGCAUUGUGGACCUCGGCCCUCCUCUAGUGGAGAAGCAAAUGUUUGCCUACAGCACCGCUACGAUACCCAAAGACAGAGAGACCAGAGAGAGGAUGCAAGCCAUGGAGAAACAGAUUGCCAAUUUAACUGGCCUUGUUCAGUCUGCGCUUUUUAAAGGGCCCUUUACAAGUAAUAGCAAAGAUGCAUCUAGCGAGAAAAUGAUGAAGUCUACGACCAGUAAGAACCACACAGAAAGUGCAGGAGGUCCCCAUGUUUCUGGCGGAAAGACUCUCAGCGCCCUGGAGCCCACAGGGCCGCCCAGCCAGCCCCUGGCUGCCGGCACCCCGGCCAUCCACAUGAGCCUGCUCGACAUGAGGCGGAGUGUGGCCGAACUCAGGCUCCAGCUGCAGCAGAUGCGACAGCUCCAGCUGCAGAACCAGGAGCUGCUGAGGGCAAUGAUGAAGAAGGCUGAGCUGGAAAUUAAUGGCAAAGUGAUUGAAACGAUGAAGAGACUGGAGGAUCCUGUGCAACGACAGCGCGUCCUGGUGGAGCAAGAGAGGCAGAAAUACCUGCACGAGGAGGAGAGGAUCGUCAAGAAGUUAUGUGAGCUGGAAGACUUCGUGGAAGACUUGAAGAAGGACUCUGCAUCGGCUGGCCGAGCGGUUACCCUGAAGGACGUGGAAGAUGGGGCUUUCCUCCUGCGACAGGUGGGAGAAGCUGUGGCGUCCUUGAAAGGAGAAUUCCCAACCCUGCAGAACAAGAUGCGGGCCAUCCUGCGCAUAGAGGUGGAGGCCGUGCGGUUUCUGAAGGAGGAGCCGCACAGGCUGGACAGUCUCCUGCAGAGAGUGCGAAGCAUGACCGACACGCUGACCAUGUUGCGGAGACAUGUCACCGAUGGGCUCUUGAAAGGGACAGAUGCAGCCCAGGCCGCACAGUAUGUGGCCAUGGAAAAGGCCACCGCCGCGGAAGUCCUGAAGAACCAGGAAGAGGCAUCCCACGCCUCAGGCCAGCCCCUCCACGCCCCGAGCGGGAGAGACGUGAAGUCAGAAGUGGUGCCCUUGGCGGUUCACCAUGCACAGAGCUCCCCCGUGGUCAUCCAGCCCUCCCAGCUCUCCUCCGCCCUCCUGAGCCCUGCCCAGCACUUGUCUGGGGGCACUGGUCCUCACCCAGCCAGCCCUCCUGCUGUCCCACAGGAAGUGACCUCAGCUCUGCCGGCAGCACAGGCUCCUCCGUCCCCACAGACGCCCAUGAACGGUUCCACCAUGCAGAGCUUGUUCAUUGAAGAAAUCCACAGUGUGAGCGCCAAGAACAGGGCAGUGUUGAUUGAGAAAGCAGAGAGGAAGUGGGAAGAGAAAAGACAAAAUCUGGACCACUAUAAUGGCAAAGAGUUUGAGAAGCUCCUGGAAGAAGCUCAGGCCAAUAUCAUGAAGUCAAUUCCAAACCUGGAGAUGCCACCCGCCUCGGGCCCACAGCUGAAGGCCGAUGCUCCCAUGGACAAGCUGGAACUUUCAGAAGACUCUCCGAACUCAGAACAAGACUUGGACAAGCUGGGGGGGAAGUCCCCACCGCCCCCUCCCCCGCCCCCACGACGGAGCUACCUGCCCGGAUCGGGGCUCACCACCACCAGGUCCGGCGACGUGGUCUACACCGGCAGGAAGGAGAACAGCACCACUAAGGCCAGCAGUGAAGAUGCCGGACCAAGCCCACAGGCUAGAGCCACAAGAUGUCCAACAGAGGAGCCUGCUUCAGCCUGGACCCCGUCCCCACCACCAGUACCUGCUACCUGCUCCUCAAAGGAUGAGGAGGAAGAAGAGGAAGGAGACAAAAUAAUGGCAGAACUCCAGGCAUUCCAGAAGUGUUCCUUUACGGAUGUAAAUUCAAACAGUCACGCUGAGCUGUCCCGGGCUGACAGUCACGUUAAAGACUCUAGGCCGGGGGCCACAGUCUCACCCAAGGAGAAGAAGAAUUUGGAAUUUUUCCAUGAAGACGUACGGAAAUCUGAUGUUGACUAUGAAAAUGGCCUCCAAACGGAAUCCCGAAAGGUUACUGCGGGGGCCCUGACACCUCGCGACCGUCCUCAGUGGGAAAGAGGAACAGAGAAUCGUGUUUCUGACGCAUCGAGAGCAUCAGAAUGUAAAACCGACAUCGUAGUGAAGGAAAAUUACGUAUCCAAUAAGAGUUUACUUAAAGACGGUAGAAACUAUUCCCCCAAAAAUGUGUCUAAGGUCGAUUCCAGUGUCCCUGGCAUGAGUUCAUCAGAAGAUGAAGUAAGCAAAGGCCCUAAGCGCUCAGGACUGCAGUACCCUAUGUCCGACGCCGAGAAUCAGAAAAUGAAUUGUGGGAACACAAAGGAGAUAAGUCAACAAGGACAAGAAAAUACAGAUAAGGGUCACCUUCCUUCUCCCACUAGAUCAACCGAAUUGGGUAACUGCGAUGUCAAAACUCAAGAUCAAGGGGUCCCGGUGACGGAGUUGGGUCAAGUUGUGCUAAGACCCAAGGGGGCUCGACAUGCUAAUAUGAAGCCUUAUGAGGACAGAGACUCAACCCCAAGUUCUCCCACUGAAGAAAACGCGCCCGCAGACAACAUCGCCUUCAUGAUCACCAGAACCGCGGUCCAGGUUCUCUCCAGCGGGGAGGUCCGCGACAUAGUGAGCAAAAAGGGAGAGGACGUGCAGACGGUGAAUAUCGAUGCCAGAAAAGAGACGACUUUCCAGCAAGAAGGGCCUGAAAAUGAAGAGCCGGUCGUGCGCCUGGACAAGAAACCAGUCAUUAUCAUUUUCGACGAACCCAUGGACAUCCGGUCUGCGUACAAGAGACUUUCAACCAUAUUUGAGGAAUGCGAUGAGGAAUUAGAGAGAAUGAUGACAGAGGAAAAGAUAGAGGAGGAAGAAGAAGAGGAAAAUGGAAAUGCUGCCGUACAGAAGAACGGCCCCCCACAAUUCCCGAAGGUGGCCCCAGGCAGCCCAGGAUCAGGACUGAGAGCUGGGAGUCAGCGACAACCGCAUGUCCCCUCAGCAGAGACCGAGGCACCAGGAGGCCAGGAAAGGAACAAGCCCGAGCUGACCACGUGCAGCCCAGCAGACUCUCCAAGCUCAGAGAGCAAGUGCGACGUGACAGAUGACCAAUUUGAAAGUCCCAAGAAAAAGUUUAAGUUCAAAUUCCCGAAGAAGCAGCUCGCCGCCCUCACUCAAGCAAUUCUCACAGGAACCAAAACGGGGAAGAAGACCCUGCAGGUGGUGGUCUACGAAGAGGAGGAAGAAGAUGGCACUUUGAAGCAGCACAAGGAAGCCAAGCGAUUCGAAAUUACUAGGUCUUCUCAACCCGAAGACGCCCCCCAAAAUAUGCUCAAGAGACAAGAGCAGCCCGGUCUGGAGAACACAUCGCCCAUUUCAAGAACCGAUGAAAUUAGGAAAAACACCUACAGAACGCUGGACAGUCUGGAGCAGACCAUCAAACAGCUUGAAAACACGAUCAGUGAAAUGAGUCCAAAAGCCCUAGCUGACACCUCGUGUUCUUCCAACAGAGAUUCUGUUGCCAGCUCAUCCCACUUGGCCCAGGAGGCCUCCCCCCGAUCCUUGCUAGUUCUGGAAGAAGCUCCCACUGCCCUAGAACCCCCCUCGUCGAUACCUUCAGCGUCACGUAAGGGCUCCACUGGGACCCCACAGACCAGCAGGAUGCCCGUCCCCAUGAGUUCCAAGAACAGACCCGGAAGCCUGGACAAACCCAGCAAGCAGACCAAACUGCAGGAUCCCCGCCAAUAUCGUCAGGCUAAUGGAAGUGCUAAGAAAGCUGGUGGGGACUGUAAGCCUACUUUCCCCUCCUUACCUGCUUCUAAGAUUCCAGCCCUUUCUCCCAGCUCUGGGAAAGGCGGGUCUCUGCCCUCUGCUAGUGGUGACAGCUCUAACCUCCCUAAUCCAGCUGCUUCUAAGCCAUCGGCUACCUCUAACCCUCUCAGCCCCCAAACAGGACGGUCUGCUCCCUCUGCCUCCCUCAUUCCCUCUGUCUCUAAUGGCUCCUUAAAGUUUCAGAGCCCCACUCACACAGGUAAAGGUCACCAUCUUUCAUUCUCACUGCAGACUCCAAAUGGCCGAGCAGCCCCCCCUUCCUGCUCCUCCUCCCCUCCCUCCCCUGCCUCCCCCACUUCACUGAAUCAGGGCGCCAAGAGUAUCAGGACCAUCCAUACUCCUAGCCUCACCAGCUACAAGGCACAGAAUGGAAGUUCGAGCAAAGCCACCCCAUCCACAGCAAAGGAAACCUCCUAAAGGCCAAAUUCUAUUAGGCACAAGUUGGAGUUACAGUUAAAGAUUCAAAAAAAAAAAAAAAUUUAACAGACUUCAACAACUGUUUCCACAAGAGAAUGUAACAUAUUGCUGUACUGUUUGAGGCUUAAUGCUAUGUAUGUGUGAAAUACUGGAUUAAUAGAUUUCAGAAAAGCUUAUUCGUUUGUUUGUUCUUUUACUUUGUUGCUGUUGUAAUUACAUAGUGUCAACUGUUUAUAUUCAAUACCUGUUAAAUGAAGAAAGCACGUGUUACCGAAAAAGAGUAUGAGAGAAUACGACGAGAGAAAGGUGUGUGUGAGACAGGAAAAAAUGUAUUCAGCAUGUAAAACAUGUACGAUUCCAGAAUUUUAGUAUGUUUUGUAUAAAAAUAUUUUUCAUUACGGAGACUAGAACUGAACAGAGAAAUACACAAGUGUGACUAUACAAAUUGUAAAACAGAUACUAUAAUAUUUCCUUUUAUUUUAGUGUUAUUUAGCUUUAUUACAGAUUUCUAUUUUUGUCAAAACUUCAUGGUUCCUUUCAAGAUCUUUUUUGCCAAGACAUUUUGAUACUAUAGCGUUGUACAUUUGAAAGUAGUGUGCUAGACAAUAAGCCAAUGAACUUCUGCACAAGCCAACACAGAGGCAUAUGUAGAAGGCAAUUUAUCAAACCAAUUGCACUGCCAUGAGAAUUAUGUAUAAUAAUUUGCCAGCCCAAGCAAGCUAGUUUUCUUUGCUUUUCUUCCUUUCUUUCUUUCUUUUUCUUUUCUUUCUUUCUUUCUUCUUCUUUUUCUUUUUCUUUUUCUUUUUCUUUUUUAACAUAUUGGGAUUCUCUAGUUAUUUUCUUUGCAGUGUCUAAACCCUUUCUUUGAUUUCUGAGACCUGGUAACCCACGCUAUUGCAUUGUGGAUUUUAAAAUGUACACUUCUGUACGGUUCUGUAAACUGACAAACUUUUGUAAAUAUAUAAAUAGACAUAAAAAUAUCGUAUGUGACAGCACACAGUAGUUUUCCCACACCAAAGUUAAUUUUUAUGCAUGCUUUAAAAACAUAUAUUGGGAUGGGCAGAAAUGGGACUAUCCCUACAUUUUUAAAAAAGCAACAAGUUUGCACAGCUAGAGUGUUUUUGUAAAUAAAUGUAUUUGUAUAACACAGUCAUGUAAUAUACAGAACUAUAAGCAGAGACUUUGCAAAACUAAAUAAAGGGCUGCAUGCUUAUUA